UUAUGGGCUUUUAAUUACGCUUUAAUAACACAAGACAUGUAAAAUGUUUUUUUGUUUUGCAUUUUGGUCUUGUAUUUGUAUUGUACUGUACAUCGUCGUUAACAUGUGUUUUGCUUGAAGCCCUCCUAUAGUAUAACAAAAACCUGGUGGGGUUUUUGGGUAAAAGAGAGAUCUUUCUGGUGUGGCAAUGGAGGAACAGAGAAGGGUUUCUUCUGGGGUUGCGUCAUCGAGUUCUCAGACUUCGGGGGAGAAGGACAAUUGUGAGUUAAGAGGAGGACAAGUAACAGAGCCUUCCCUUUCAUCAAUUCCUGUUGGUGAAAAAGCAAGUCCUUCUCAGUUCUGUAGCAGUGCAGCGGCGGGGUCAUCGGGUGAGUUAUAUUCGAUGCGGCGAAAGCCACUAAAGUAUAAGAGCAAAGGUGAUGACGAAGUCCCUAGGAAAGAACAACAGCUGGAGCUGAUAGAUAAUGUUACCGCACCAACUCCAAGUGGUUUGCUGACUGGAUUGAAACCGGGAAUCAUUAACCAUGUCAGGACUAAGAGACAGGUCUUCUCAAUUCUUGAAUCUCUGAUUCGAAAUGCUAAUGACGAUGCUACCAUGGGGGAAACACAUACCAAUUUGAAUGUCAAAGAGUCUAUCAGACAAGAUAGUGCAUUUCCCUUUAAGUUACCAUUCACCGGGGUGUCUGCUAAUGCCAAUUCCAUUACAAACCUAGAACAAGCCACAUCUCUUGCUGUUGAAGGAAGAAAGCAAAUGGAUCAGAAAUUGCUUCUCAUUAUCGAGAGGAUCAUAGCAGAAAAAAAGGCGCUAGAGAAAAAAUUCACCGAGAUGGAGAAGCUGGAUUCAAUAUUGGAAGCAAAUUUUUUUGAUGAAGCAGAGAAUAAGCUACUACUCAUGAUGGAGGCAAAAGAGGUUUUGAACAAGUUUAGUCAGUUUGAGAAGCACCUAGAGACCAAACAGGUACUGGAAAUGAAGAACCUAGACCUAGUACGCCAAAGCAAUGACAUGCAAGCAGCGCGGAAAGUAUUUAUUGAGGGUUGGCCUGAGUUGGAUGCUCAAACCGAUAUCGGGAUAAAACUGAUGGGAAAACUUGAUGAGAAGCCCUUCCUGAAUGUUUGCAAGAAGAAAUAUUCUGCACAUAAAGCUACGGCUAAAGCUGCUACCCUUUGCUCUAGAUGGCAGGAGAAGCUCAAGGAUUCAGCAUGGCAUCCGUUUAAAAGGGAAGGAACCGGGGACAAAGCAAAAGAAGUGGUAGACGAAGAGGAUGAGCAGUUGAAAAAGCUUAAAGGAGAGUGGGGGGAAGAGGUACAUAAGGCAGUUAAAACAGUACUCGAGGAGAUGAAUGAGUAUAAUGCAAGUGGAAUCCGAGAACUUUGGAACUUCAAAGAAGAAAGGAAAGCAACACUUCAGGAAGUGAUUGAAUUUAUUUCGAACAACAUCAAAUAACGCAGAAGAAUCUGAAAGGUGUGCUAUAUCUUCGGCAGUUAAUAUAGAGCUAACUUAUGUAAUGUGCUGGUUUAAAUUUACAUACGCUGCACAACCUUUGACCGAGGAUUAGAAAUUCGGGUCGUGGUCUUUCUACUCAUGUUUUGGUAUUGGCAUAAAUAUUCUAGGUACCAUAAUCGUUUAUAUAUCAAUAUUCUAGGUACCAUAACCAUU